UGACGAUCGACGACACUAAAUCAAGCAGAAGAUCAACAUUCCACACACACACACACACUCUCUCUCUCUCUCAUCGCUCCAUCUGAGAAUCAACAAAGAGAAGCACAUCGCGGAAAGUCAGUUUGUUCUAUAUAUACUUACUCACCCAAAUUCCAAAUUCCCAUCACCCACAUUUCUAACCCUAAAUAGCCGGAGAGAAUCUACACACAGAGUGAAAGGGUAAUGGGGAAUUACAGUGUAUGCUGGUGUUUUACUAGGAAGUUCAAGAUAUCGGAAGCAGAGCCACCUACUGACGUCAAAGAAGCAUUCAAGAAAUACUCCGGCGAUGGGAUCCACAUGACGACAGAUCAGUUCCGGCGGUUUUUGGAAGAAUACCAGGGCGACGAUGGACAUGAAGCUGAGCGUAUGGUGGAGCAGAUACUUUACAAGCGGCAUCAUCUGGCCAAGUUUAUAAACAGGAACUCCCUUUCUCUAGAGGAUUUCCAUCACUUUCUCUUCAACACCGACCUUAACCCCCCAAUUAGAUCACAGGUUCACCAAGAUAUGACUGCUCCCUUAUCCCAUUACUUCAUAUACACCGGCCACAACUCGUACUUAACUGGGAACCAGUUAAGCAGCAAAUGCAGUGAAAUUCCAAUCAUCAAAGCACUCAAACGAGGUGUAAGAGUCAUAGAACUUGAUCUAUGGCCAAACUCAUCAAAAACUAAUGUGCAUGUUCUUCAUGGAAGGACCCUGACGAGUCCUGUAGAACUCAUGCGAUGUUUGAAAGCAAUCAAAGAUCACGCCUUUACAGCUUCUCCUUAUCCAGUCAUCAUAACACUCGAAGACCACCUUACACCUGAUCUUCAAGCAAAAGUAGCUCAAAUGGUCACUGAAACAUUUGGGUCAAUGCUAUUUUUCCCUGAAUCAGAGAAGUUGAAAGAACUUCUAACACCUGAGAGCUUAAAGUAUCGAAUCUUGAUUUCAACUAAACCUCCAAAAGAGUACCUUGCAGCUGAAGAUGACAAGCAAAGUAGGUCAAGAAAGUGCCGAGUUUCUGAUGAUGAUGGUGUGUGUUAUAUGUUGCAGUCAGAAAAUGACAUUAAUGAAGGAAAAAGAUCACCUUCAUCUCCUGUUUACAAGCAGCUAAUUGCUAUUCAUGCUGGGAAACCAAAAGGUGGAUUGAAGGAUGCAUUGAAAGUUGAAAAUGAUGAAGUUAGACGCCUAAGUUUGGUUGAACAAGCACUUGAAAAGGCUGUAGAAAAUCAUGGGCAUGAUGUAGUAAGGUUCAGCCAGAAGAAUAUUCUUAGGAUUUAUCCCAAAGGAACUCGUAUUACCUCUUCCAAUUACAAGCCAUUAAUUGGUUGGCUACAUGGAGCUCAAAUGGUUGCAUUUAAUAUGCAGGGAUAUGGUAGAUCACUGUGGUUAAUGCAUGGAAUGUUCAGAUCUAACGGAGGUUGUGGUUAUGUGAAAAAACCAGAUUUUUUAAUGGGACAUGGGCCCAAGAAUGAGGUGCUUAAUCUUAAAACAAAGAUUCCAGCUAAAACAUCUUUAAAGGUGAAAAUCUAUAUGGGAGAUGGAUGGCGUUUUGAUUUUAAAAAAACUCAUUUCGAUAAAUACUCCCCACCAGAUUUCUACACCAGGGUGGGUAUAGCUGGAGCACCGGUUGAUAAGAAAAUGAAAAAGACAAAGAUGAAGGAGGACAACUGGACACCUGUUUGGAAUGAAGAGUUUACAUUUCCAUUAUCAGUUCCUGAAUUAGCUUUACUUCGUAUUCAAGUACAUGGUUACAACAUGUCAGAAAAAGAUAAUUUUGCUGGCCAAAUUUGUUUGCCUGUUUCUGAGUUGAGGCCAGGGAUUCGUGCAAUUCCACUUUGUAACCGCAAAGGAGAUCAAUAUACAUCCGCAAGGUUACUCGUGCGGUUUCAAUUCAUCUAAAAUAUGGACAAACCAUCUCAUUUUCUCGUUUAUGUUAACUUAGACUAAGCUUAUUUUUCAUUUUUAGAGGUGGGCUUGGCAUGCUAAUUAGUGUCCAUGGUUUUCUUUUAUGGAGAUUGUGUCAUUUGGUGUAGGAAAGAGUUGUUGUCUUUCAAUAUUGAAAUAAAUCC